CCGUUGGUGACUUUGAGCGAAGCAGGAAGUGAUCUGUGCGUGUGUAGCGUAGGCGCGUAAGCACGUUGUUUUCUAACUGUUUUAUAAUUGUGAAUAUUUGAUAACACCCGUCUAAAUUCACUUACAAAUAUCUGUAUGUUGGACGCAUGCGUUUAUUAUUCUGUUUUAAAUCCUUUUUUGUUCCUGUACGUUUUUGCACUAAUCAACUAAUCAGUGACCAAGGUCAAAAGUUGUGGACGUGAGACCUUCAGCCGGCGUAUGUAAGUGAUCGGAAAUCUGUUCCCACAUGGCCGGGUUAAUUAACUUUGAGGACGAACAGGAGGUGAAGCAGUUUCUGGAUAAUUUAGGAGUGGAGUACAGUUAUCAGUGUUACCGGGAGAAAGAUCCUGAAGGGUGUCAGAGGCUGGCAGAUUAUUUGGAGGGUGUGAAGAGGAACUAUGAGACCACAGCUCAGGUUCUCAAGCACAACUGCGAGGUGAAUGGCUUUGGAGAGAGCUGCUAUAAGCUCGGUGCUUACCAUGUCACCGGCAAAGGUGGUGUGACGCAGUGCUUAAAGUCUGCAUACUCCUGUUUUAUGAAGGCGUGUAACAGCAAAGGGAAGAAGACAGUGGACGCCUGUCACAACGUAGCUCUGCUUGCCCAUGACGGCCGAGCCAUGGAGGGGGAAGCUGACGCGAAGGUGGCUCAGCAGUACUACGAGAAGGCUUGUGAGGGAGGCUUCGCCCCCAGCUGUUUCAACCUGAGUGCUCUUUUAAUCCAGGGAUUUCCAGGGGUGGACAAAAACAUGCCGCUGGCUCUAAAGUACGCCUUGCGAGCCUGCGAGCUGGGACACGUAUGGGGCUGCGCUAAUGCCAGUCGCAUGUACAAACUGGGUGAUGGGACGGAUAAGGAUGAUCAGAAAGCAGAAGAGCUGAAGAACAAGGCUAAAGAGCUCCACGGACAGCAGAAAGAACGGCAACUGAAAUUUGGGGAGUGAGAUAAUGUGCCAUAACAGUUUACUUGGCCUUCCUGUUUUGAUAUGAGUGAUAUAAACAGCAUAAAUUAUUUUAAUAAAUUCAUUCUUUUUUGUUAUAACUCUGAUUCAUGUUUGAGAGUGAUGGUGUUAAUAUAAGAUAACAUUUACAGAAACAUUUACAGUUUCCUCUAGACUGUGAGAGUUCACGUAUAAUUAUGUUUACAGAAAUAUAUAGUUAUAAUUAAAGUUUAAUGAAAUGACUCUACUAUUCUCUAGUGGUCUGAAUUGGAUCUUUGUAGCUCUAUAGGUUUUGUUUAUUUUUCCAGGUGCAUAAAAUGACCACUAGAUGGAAGCAUACACAAGUUAAAUUGAAUAUGCAGGGCUUUCCGGCGAGCUGCUUACCUUUAUGUUCAAGAGAUUGCAAUGAACAUUCAUUUCUUCAUUGAGACAAACCUCAAUAUUUUGAUGUUUCAAAAUGUUCGCUUCAUUCCCUUCAAUUUAUGAAACAUAAAUGACAUACUGUAUAUGACUUUGUCAUAGCAAAAAUGGCUUUGAAUUCUUGAAACUUUAACUUUUUAAUGUUUAAUUUGCUCCUCAUUGUCUCCAUUUAACAAUAACAACGAUAAAUAGAUAGAUAGAUAGAUAGAUAGAUAGAUAGAUAGAUAGAUAGAUAGAUGAUUUUCAGAUGUUAUAAGUAGAAACAUGUCCAUAACGCCAGAUGGUCUGAAUGGUGACCUCCAUGACCCGGUGUGAAGAUGUCAGUAGCUGCUAUUAGUGUUGGGAAACAAGAAUUUUCUAUUUACAUACCGGAACCGAAUGAUUUUCGUGACGCUCAGCUGUGUUAACUGUUCUUGAACCCGCAUUCUUCCGCCUAUGUAAACAGAGCACCAUAUAUCAUUGUUACCUGCAUUUACUUUUUAGUGUAAACCACUUCCUGAGGGAAUAAUGAUCCUUAUGAGCCGGCACUUUUAAAUGAAUACAAAACUGGCGACCAGUGUAAUCUGAUUCCCAAACAAAUGACUCUUAAGAACCGGUUCUUUUCAGUGAAUCAGAUGCGCAGUGCACGACCAGUUUGAUUUCCAAACAAUUGACUCUUAUAAACGGUCUAUUUCAGAAACAUGCAGGGAGAGUCCCAAAUAAAUAAUUCUUAUGAACCUGUUCUUUUUAUUGAAUCAACAUUGUUUUUUUUUAUUAAGGAGUACAAACAUUAAAACAUUAAGGUAGUACAAUUAUAAACAUAGAAACAACAUAAAAAUACAAGAAUAUACACAAAUACAGACGUGUUGGCAGGUUAACAAAACAACAACAACAACAAUGUAGUAAAUUUAUCCGCAUUAUUUUUGUUUUUAUGGGUCUGGCUUCCAUCUCACUUGCGUCCAGCUGUUUUUAGCUGUGCAAAUCUCCUUUUGCUGCAUGAUAUUGCAAAUUUUUGUGUUUUACCAUAUUAUUUUGAUGUUUUAUCUUAAUUAUGAACACACUGGUUUGUAGUGCGAACAGUUUUAUCAUUAACUUUUUCUCAUUAUUUUCCUGUAACAGCAGCUAAUGAAGCAGAAGUCUGGACCAGCAGUCUGAUUCCGAAGCAAAUGACUCUUACGAGCGAUCUUUUUUUCAGUGAAUCAAAAGCAUACAGUGCGAUCAGUGUAGUCUGCUUCCCAAACAAAUGACUUGGUUCAUCUUAGUGAAUCAGAAUCAUAUAUCAUGACCUGACUUCAAAACGAGUGAAUCUUAUGAAUAAGCAGGCUUACUUAAACCACAGUUUAUUAUUUUUGUCACGUCCGACUCAAAUUGGACUUGAUUUGUCAUAUUAUGAGUGGUAUAGCAUGCAAAUGAACAAAAUGAAUUAAUGUUACUACAUUUUUGUUCAAUAUUAUCAAUAAAUAUAUCAAUGAAACAAUUA